UGUUGCGAUGCUUCUUUAGGAUCACAUUGUUGUUGUCGUCGUAGAAGAGUACAGAGAUGGGACUGAGCUUGGUGGGUGCGCAGCACGCUUUGGGAACCUCAUCUGGCUUCAAAAGAUGAACCUACCAUGAAAAAGGGUUCGCGAUCGUCGGGAGGUGGACAGCGACAGCGACUUGGAAGAGGAAUCAACUGUACUGGAUGAGGUCCAGUUGGAUGUGCCACCGCUGCCAGGUAUCCUUCAUGUCCAGGAUGCUGCCAUCAUCCUUGAGGAUGUGCCGACUAUCCUUGAGGAGGCCACUGGUAAUUGGCAGCUGAUCCCGAUUAGGUUCAGCCCUCUGUACUGUGGGCCUGUUGUGAUCAGGGUAAGAGAACCACACAGAGUCACAUCACCGUUACAAUGUUUUCUGUUUCUAACCUGAAUGUAUUGUAAUGUCACCCCCCUCUUGUGCAGAACAAUGCCGGUCCGGUGGCUAAAGCUUGGAGAACUUUCCAGUUCAUCAGCCCCAUUAUCACCUACAUGCGUGGGGGAUCCCAGCAGGUGGUGGUGAGGAUGCACCAUGUGAGUAGGGUUCGAGGCCUGGAGACUCAACUGGUGUGGGCCAUCUCCAAGGAGACAGCCAGGCUUAGUCCAGAGGGCAUCCCCUACUGUGCCACCAAGGUGCAGUCCGUCACUUGGAUCCAGUAUGUGGCUGGCAGGGUGACCCAGUAUGCAUCUCACCUCCGCCACGAGACGUCUGUGCACGUGACGCUUGGCUGCUACCAGCAGACUGAUGUUUCGGUGGUGUACGCCACUCUCCACAUGGGGCUGGACGGGCUGUUCUCCUCCUCGGCGUGGUCGGAGGCUGCCUCCGUCUCUACGCCCACCAAUCAGCAGUUCACUGAGCCAGAGCCUGAGGGCCACAACUGCUAUGAGGGCUGGGAGGAGGACCUGCUGCCUGAGGAGAGGGAGGUUCCUCUGCUAAACCUCUACCUUACCACCAAGAGAGUGGAGGACAUCGCCCUGAGGCUCGUCUCCCUGCGCCAGGCCUUCACUACACUGCUUGGUUCCACCCUGAGCAGGAACCAUCUGUUUGUGGCGGGAAAGGUCCUAAUGGGCGCACUGGUUCAGGCCCACCACAUGGACGAGGCCGAAUUCAUCCGGGCCUAUAACGACUUUGUGGACUACCUGAGUGACCCCUCCAAGAAGAUUGACAUUGAGAGGGAGCUGGCUGAGGCAAAGAUCCAUCAUGUUAACCUGAUAGAUGUCCUCUUUGAACUGGUGAUGUUUGGGAUGAUGACAGCUCAGAAGUCCCUGAUGGUGCACCCUGGUGGGUUCAUGGAGCGUCUGUACUCUCUCCUGUACUCCUUCCUGCCUGCUGCUGCCAGCAUUGAGCCAAAGGCUGAGAGAUACCUGCUGCUGCUCAAUGAUUCUUGUGACACUUUGCCACCUAACAGGGAUCUAGACACUAAUGCACUACAUUACUUUGCACUGAAUUUUAUAUUUUUAAAUAAAAUAACUAGUAGUUUAAAAGCAUUUGUCUCUGUCUUUUCAUUUACUUGA